UGUCUAUCCAUUAGUUGGCCAUUGACCAUUAGUCCCGGUUGUUACUCAUAUGCUCUUUGCGGUAGAGUAUCUGUGGAUUAGGUUGUCCCUGCUUUUCCUACCUAACUUUCUGCCAAAUUUCUGGGGGCAGGCCAAAAGUAAAGAUGCUUCGUCAGACGUUAACUUUAGUGCCUGCGCACUCGCAGCAGCUCCAACAGCGGGGUAUGGCGACUUUAAAAUCCAUCUCACUGCGUCUGAAGUCAGUUAAAAACAUCCAGAAGAUUACUCAAUCGAUGAAGAUGGUGUCCGCUGCUAAGUACAACCGUGCGGAGAGGGAUUUGAAACAGGCCCGCCCCCUUGGAGAAGGCACCAAAGCUUUUUAUGAAAAAGCUGAAAUUGCAGCACCGGAAGGAGUACCGAGCAAGCUCGUAAUUGCAAUUACCUCAGACCGAGGUCUCUGCGGAGCUUGCCACACAGGAGUUGCCCGCAACAUUAGAGAUCAGCUCCUUGCAAAUCCUGCAGAUAAAGAGAACACAAAAAUCAUAUGCGUAGGUGAAAAAUCACGAGCUGUCUUAGCCCGAAUUUUUGCCAAUAAUAUAUUGUUUGUUGCCUCCGAAGUUGGUCGCCUGCCACCAACUUUUACUGAUGCUUCCAAAUUGGCUGCAGAGAUUUUAAACAGUGGAUACUCCUUUGCAUCUGGACGCAUUGUCUACAAUAAAUUCAAAUCUGUCGUUUCCUAUGGAGUUGCAGAUUUGCCUUUGUACGACAAAGAUUCAGUUGCCACUGCUCCGAAAUUGUCCAUCUAUGAUUCACUAGAUGAUUCCGUCAUUCAAAGCUAUCUCGAGUUUUCUCUAGCUUCUCUGCUUUUCUACAGUAUGAAAGAAGGUGCUUGCAGCGAGCAGUCGUCCAGGAUGACUGCUAUGGAUAACGCAAGUAAGAAUGCCGGUGAAAUGAUUGAGAAACUCACUCUGACCUUCAAUCGUACUCGCCAAGCUGUCAUCACCAGAGAACUUAUUGAAAUUAUUUCUGGAGCUGCUGCGCUUGAUUAAGCAUACCGCUAUAGGGGACGUUUAGAAAUCAGAUAGAUUUAAUAUUCUUCGAAACAGUGGCUCUUGAAAGAAAGACGCAAUAUGGAAAUUCUUGGUAGCUUCACAAGCACCGUGAAAGAAUAUCCAACUUGUAUACAGUAUCAUGUAACAUUGCCUCCAUAGAGGAGGCCUGUCCCGCAAUAAAUAUCAACACUCACUGUAAAUAAUAA